CCGCCCGGCAAAGCUGUCGCAACGUGCACUCCGCCAGCUGUCUUCGAGCAACGAAACCACAAUGUCGUUCACUUUAAAUUCCGUUUUGAUAACUGACGAAAUUGACCAGAAAUGUGUCGAGAUUCUUCAGAACAAUGGCAUUAAUGUGGUCAAAAAUACAAAACUGUCAAAAGACGAACUUCUUGUGGAAAUUGCGAAGUACGAUGGCCUUGUGGUUCGUUCUGCCACCAAGGUGACAGUUGAUGUGAUCGAGGCAGCGACCAACCUGAAGAUUAUAGGUCGAGCCGGAACAGGUGUAGACAAUAUCGACUGUGAUGCUGCAUCCCGCAAGGGAAUCAUUGUCAUGAAUACCCCAGGAGGGAACACACUCAGUGCAGCAGAACACACAUGUGCCCUGAUAUGUGCAUCGUCCCGACAUGUACACCAAGGGGACCGUGCUAUGAAGGGAGAGAAUUGGGGAGAGCGUAAGAAGCUAAUGGGUUCUGAGUUGUAUGGUAAAACUCUAGCCAUUAUUGGACUCGGACGGAUUGGAAAGGAAGUUGCUCUUAGAAUGCAGUCCUUUGGUAUGACGACAAUUGGCUUUGAUCCAAUCAUCCCAGGGUCAGUUAGUGCAGAGUUUAAUGUUGAAUGGAUGCAGCUGGAGGAUAUCUGGCCAAAAGCAGACUACAUUACUGUCCACACCCCUCUAAUUCCUCAAACGAGAAAUCUCAUCAAUGACAAGGUUUUCUCCUUGUGUAAGCGUGGCGUACGUGUCAUCAAUGUGGCUAGAGGUGGUAUUAUAGAGGAAGAGGCACUGCUCCGUGCUCUUGAGUCUGGUCAAUGUGGUGGUGCUGGUAUAGAUGUGUACAGCUCAGAGCCUCCAAAGGACUUUAGCUUGGCCAAACACAAGAAUGUUGUGGCAACGCCUCAUCUUGGUGCCAGCACAGUGGAGGCACAACAGAGAGUCGCAGUAGAGAUAGCAGAACAGUUUGUGGAUCUAGUCCAGGGGAAGAAACUCUUUGGGGCUGUGAAUGCUCCAGCCCUGACAAAUGCCAUGGAUGUUAAAACUUUGCCCUGGAUAGAACUGGGCAAGAAACUUGGUGUAGUGGCAGCAGCUGUGAAUGACCAAAACCAGGAGUUCAGUGUUGUCUUGUGUGGUUCUAACCUCGGGAAGUCAGCAGGUUCCUUUAUGACUGCAGCUGUGUUGUCCGGUCUUAUACAGAAUUCAUCAUUCCUAGGAGCAGGUGACAGCAGUAAAUUGAACCUUGUUAGUGCUCCAGCUCUCGCUAAACAGUAUGGUAUCAAUUCUACCAGUACAUAUGAGGAAAAAGCACCUGCUCCUUACACUGAUCUUGUGAGUGUUGUGUUCAGUAAUGGAUUCCGUGUGUCCGGGACCACAUCAGGGGGCCAAGCUUUAUUGGUGGAAAUUCAGAAUCAGACCUUCUCUUCACCAGCCUGUCUUUGUUCUCCUGUUCUUCUUUUCCGAGGGACCUCCAAUUCGCAGUUCAUCCCUUCAGUCGCAGGUGCAUUGGCUGGAGCAGGUGUCACAAUCACAAGCGUGAAUACAUCAUCAGAGACAGAUGGACAGAAAUGGGGAGUGGCCACCUUUGCAGUGCCCCCCUCAGAGGGAUGUCUUGAGGCACUCAAGUCUCUGGUCUCUGCAGCACGACUCAUUGCCUUCUAAAUGCACAUUUUUACCCAGCAAAAAAUUUAGUGUGUUCUUACGGGGCACAUAUUGAUUGAUUGACAUGUGCGAAACCAUAAAUUUGACUGUUUCACAAACGUUUAUAGAUCAUCCACUGGGGAUUGAUGCUUUCAACUCUUGACUGAUCAAGUGAGUGAGUGUUCUAGCCAGAUUUUAAUCAGCUGUCAAUUUGCCUGUGUGUGAGAAAGAGUAUUGAAGGAGUGACCACAAUAACAUUUAGGUGUCAAAUGUUUAAUUGGACUUGGAUCUUUAUGGUUUUCAGUUACGAAAUCUGUUAUCUUGGGCAUUCAUUGUUAGUGCAAUAGGCUAUAAUAUGAAAGGGCAUUCAUUGUAGGUGCAAUAGGCUAUAAUAAGAAACAAAUACAUAAAGCCCUCAAUGUAAGCUCCUUUAUUGCUAUUUCAUUAUCUUUUACAUGCCAUAUCCUGUGUUCAUCUCCAGAUUUAUUGCUGAAUAGCUAUGGCACUUGAAAAGGAUGGGUUGAGGUAUAAUACUUAAAAUUCAAAUACAAACUCUACCAUGGUUGGUGAAUAAUUUUGAUUCAAAGUUUAUAUUUAUUCACUAUUUAAUUUGUUAGUUUCUGUUUAGAGUGUUAUAGCUUACUUGUGUGCAGUACGUUCAUGGCUGCUGGCGUUACAAUGUGACAUACCAUUUCAGACCAUUUUUGCUUUAAUCAAAGGAACGUUUAUUUCACCCUAGUAUAUUGAUGAUAUCCGUCCUUAUCCAUGUAAAACAAAUUCAAAUAUUUUAGAACAAGCUUGAAUCUCUACUUAGAAAUGUUAAGACAAUGUCAUCACUGCCUUUAACAACACUAGUGAAUCCUUACUUAAGCUUCAGGUCAUGUUCUAAUUUCUGUGUUCAUAUUAGAUUUGAAGUUGAUAACACAAUAGUCACUUGGUUAUGUGAUAAUAAUGGCAGAUUUCAGCCAAUCAGAAUCUCUCAUUUUCUGUUUACUCGGAACCCUGGAAGAUUUUUGAUGAAGCCAUAACAUGUUGUUUAAAUCUCCACCUCAUAAAUACUCUUAAGUAUAAUUUUCUGGUAUACAAUAUUGCUAGUGUUUUAUUAAUCAUUACGUAAAAUCAUAUAUUUUUGUGGGACUUCAAUUUUGUGGUUUUCCAAAAUAUACAUAUAAAUUGUAAAUCCUUGUCAACAUUUAUCUGUAUAUAUAUUUCAAGGGCAUAGAAAUUGGUGGAUUUUAAAGUACCGUCAAUUUCAAUGAAAAUCACUCCCCAUGAAAAUAAAUGAUUUUUCUGAUGAGCUUUUCUUUCCUUUUUUCUGUGUGAAGUAGAUCUGACUAAACUCUUUCGGGGAAUACGUGAAGAUGCUUACAGCAACCAAGUUCUUUGGCUUACUUUACUUGGUAAUGUUAGAUUUUGCAGUAUUUUUCAUGGCUUGGCUAGUGACAUUUCAGCUAUACACACAUUGUGCUGUUUAGGUCGGAUUUAACAUGUUAUUUGUUAUCUUAACUCUAUCUUAUUUGCUUUAUUUUAGUGGAAACAAUUGAACCAAAGUAACUUUUUUGUUGACACUCGAAGAUGAUCAAUAAAGCAUUAAUUGUAAAUUG